UCGGAGUGAUACCUGUCCGGCCGGACGGACCAUCAAGUGCUCACUGUGUUUGGAUACUGGCGGCCAGUGUUUGGAUAAAUUAUUUCGACCGAUAGCCGAGAUGACCAGCUCCAGAUCGCAUAUCACUUUAUGAUGAGGGAAGGGCCUAGCCAUUUUAUGUGAAUACUGCAUAGGGAGAAAAUGAGUGGCAGUUACCAUAGGACCGCUUAUUAUGUAUUUAUAAUAUUGUCUGUGAUUAUCUGUCAGGCAGCCGGUGACCACCAUGAAGGAGGGUUCAUGGGAGAGGACGGGUCCAGAUACAUCUGGUCAUUUGGUCAGUGGACCGGCUGUUCCGUAGAGUGUGGAGAGGGUAUCCAAUUGCGACGGGUUUCGUGUGUAGACCUAAAAACCAGAGAAAUGGUAGAACUGUCCUACUGUGAGAGAGAUAUCCAGCCUAUAGACAGACAGAGGUGCAGUAACGGGCCUUGUACUAACCAUCACAUAGAGGACGCUGUACAGUGGACCCCGGGGGAGUGGGGGACGUGUUCCACCACCUGUGACAUUGGGGAUCAGGUAAAACAGGUCACCUGUAUGGCUGUUGGAGAAGAUGGUGCUUCAAGGUCAGUUAGUGAUGACCUCUGUGUCAGGGCCUAUGGACAGAAGCCAAAGUAUAUCCGUUCCUGUAAUGAAGAAGUAGCCUGUCCGCAGUGGACUUCUUCAGGCUGGUCAAAGUGUACAGCAGACUGUGGGAUUGGGACUCAGACACGUCGAGUGUACUGUAUACAACUGGCGCCCUCCGAGUCCUCCAACUACAGGAUCCUCCCAGACAAUAUGUGCUCCCAGGAGGAGAUUCCACCCAGUCAGCAGCAGUGUACGGACACGUCCUGUCAGAGUUCAGACUCACAACCUGAUAGGGAUAACAACUCUGGAUCAAGGAAUUGUGAGAACAUGUUGUAUGGCUGUUGUCGGGAUGGCAGAACGGCAUCAUUAGGACCUGGAUACCAAGGCUGCCCAAGUGAGGCACAGGAUAGUCCAUGUGGAUUAAAGAAAGACCGAGGACCAUGUUACGAGUUCGGAGCUAAGUGGUAUUUUGACUCUGUCCGGAAGGAUUGUUUUCAGUUUUGGUAUGGUGGAUGUGAUGGAAAUGCAAACCGAUUUGAAUCUCGAGAGGACUGCAAGCAGCAAUGUUCGGGAUACUCUGGGGCCGGGACAGAAGUGGUUGUUGAGCCUGACGAGCCCAUUCUGGUUGGUGGAUGUGCAGGAACACGAUAUGGUUGUUGUGAGGACGGUCUUACAUCAGCCCUCGGGGAAAAUCGUCACGGUUGUCCCGAAAAGGAAACAGUUUUGAUUGGUGGAUGUGCAGGAACACGAUAUGGUUGUUGUGAGGACGGUCUUACAUCAGCCCUUGGGGAAAAUCGUCACGGUUGUCCCGAAAAGGAAACAGUUUUGAUUGGUGGAUGUGCAGGAACACGAUAUGGUUGUUGUGAGGACGGUCUUACAUCAGCCCUCGGGGAAAAUCGUCAUGGUUGUCCCGAAAAGGAAACAGUUUUGAUUGGUGGAUGUGCAGGAACACGAUAUGGUUGUUGUGUGGAUGGUGUUACGUCAGCCCUUGGGGAAAAUCGUCACGGAUGUCCCGAAAAGGAAACAGUUUUGAUUGGUGGAUGUGCAGGAACACGAUAUGGUUGUUGUGAGGACGGUCUUACAUCAGCCCAUGGAGAAAAUCGUCAUGGUUGUCCAGAAACACGCACGGCCCGACCUCCAGGAGGGUGUGGUUCUACACGAUAUGGCUGCUGUGAGGACGGUGUGACAUCAGCCCUUGGGGAAAACAGAUACGGCUGUCCUGAAACACGCACAGCCCGACCUCCAGGAGGGUGUGGUUCUACGCGAUAUGGCUGCUGUGAGGACGGUGUGACAUCAGCCCUUGGAGAAAACAGAUACGGCUGUCCUGAAACACGCACGGCGCGACCCCCAGGAGGGUGUGGUUCCACGCGAUAUGGCUGCUGUGAGGACGGUGUGACAUCAGCCCUUGGGGAAAACAGAUACGGCUGUCCUGAAACACGUACACGACAACCACCAUUGCUUGGGGGAUGCCUUGGAACCCGCUAUGGUUGUCCAGAGACAGUAGUCCCUUCAGAUGUCUGCACACUGGACAGUGAACGGGGCUCGUGUUCAGAUUAUACUGUCAGGUGGUUCUACAAUACCGCUGACUCCCGCUGUGACCGCUUUUGGUAUGGAGGCUGUGAUGGUAAUGGGAACAAUUUUGCUGAUGAGCAGGAGUGUAAGGCUGCAUGUGUCAACACCCCAGUUGUCACCCCAGCUCCAAAGGAGGAACACAAGCCUGGCCAGUGUCCACCUGUAGCCUUUGACCGUACUGGCACAUGUAGUAAUGAGUGCGAGUCAGAUUAUGACUGUCAGGGAGCCCAGAAAUGCUGUACAAGUGUCAGUGGGUGUGGUCGUUCCUGUCGCAGUCCCCAUGGAGAGACAGAAGAAUUCAAGCCAGGUUCCUGUCCAAUUGUACCCCUUGGUAGGAUGGGUGUUUGUGUGGAACAGUGCAGAUCAGACUACGAGUGUUUGUCGGAUCAGAAGUGCUGCAGCAACGGAUGUGGUCACACCUGUCAGGAUAUACAACAUGAACGUCCAGAGUAUAAGGAAGGACAGUGUCCAGCUCUGCGUGCGGGUGAGGUUGGAACAUGUGAGAAUGAGUGUCAGACAGACUACCAGUGUACUGGUUCACAGAAAUGUUGUUACAAUGGCUGUGGGUACUCGUGUUCCCAGGUUGGAGAUCGCAGAGGCAGUGUACCGAUGUCUGCCCCACAGGAUCUGACUCCAGUGUCUGUUGAUGGCAAUCCUCGGUCUGUCACCCUUAACUGGCAGCCACCUACUGAUACCAGUGGACAGGUUGAACGAUACAUGUUGUAUUACACAACAAACUCAAGAGAGGAGGAGGAUCGCUGGAACCGCCAAGAAAUGUUAGGAGAUCAGCUCACCAGUACAGUCAAUAGCCUCACUCCUAACACCCUUUAUUACUUCAAGAUCCGUGCCAGCAACCGGGAAGGCAUGGGACCGGCUUCUAAUCUGGUGUUCUAUACCACCCCUAAUGAGGUGGUGGCCCAAACUGGUGCAGUAUGUGAGCGAGAAGCAUUCCGGGGAGACUGUUCCGACUAUGUUGUACGCUGGAACUACAACACUGAUGAAGCUGGCUGCAAGCGUUUCUGGUACGGAGGCUGUAACAGCAAUGGCAACAACUUUGAAACAGAGGAGGAAUGUUUACAGACAUGUAAAACCCCCGUGAAGGUAGUGGAUGUGUGUAUGCUGCCCUCUGUGACGGGGAGAUGUCGUGCUGCCCACAGGCGUUACUUCUUUAACUCUGCCACAGGAUCAUGUGAAAUGUUUAUUUACGGAGGAUGUAGAGGCAAUGCUAACCGAUUCAACACUCGUGAGGAAUGUGUAGCCCGAUGUGGAGGUAGAAGUGGAGGGGAAGAGAGACGACUGUGUGAGGUGUCCCAACAUGGCUGUUGUAGAGAUGGUGUCACUCUUGCUGAUGGUCCAAACUACUAUGGAUGUCCUGAUCAUUGUGUGAGGAGUGAGUUUGGAUGCUGUGAGGACCAGGUUACAGCGGCAACAGGUCCCAAUGAAGAAGGCUGUGAUGGUGUGGACGAGGGGUCUGGGGACACGGAUACAGACAAUGACUGUCAGGAGAACGUCCAUGGCUGUUGUCCUGAUGGUACUCCUGCCAGUGGACCUAACCAUGAAGGCUGUGAUAGAGACCAUGUUGUUAAUAUCAAACCUUCCUCUGGAGAUACCUGUAACAACCCUGCAAUGAGAGGUCCCUGCUCAGAUUAUGCUGUGAAAUGGUUCCAUAAUUCCACUUCAAAACAGUGUGAGAGAUUCUGGUAUGGGGGUUGCCAAGGAAACGGAAACCAAUUUGACAAUGAAGAGGAAUGCGCAAGGAUAUGUGUUGAAAAAACCCAGGACAUAAACCUGCCAUGUAAACUCCCCAAGGAUAUCGGACCAUGCCGAGCACUUGUUCCACGGUUUUACUUCAACCAGCAGACAGAAAGAUGUGAGCAGUUUGGGUAUGGAGGUUGCCAGGGGAAUGCCAACAAUUUUGCGACUGUUGAAUUGUGUCGACAGACGUGCGAGGAAAUUAUCGUGGAGGAACUUGAUGCAUGCCAGCAGCCCAUGGAGAUUGGCCCGUGCCGUGGCAGCUACCCACGGUUCUACUAUAACAGUAGGACACGUGAAUGUACCCAGUUUAAUUACGGAGGAUGCGAUGGAAAUGAGAACAAUUUCGCCAGUCGUGAGAAAUGUGUCCAGCAAUGUGCUCCAAAUGUGAUUCCCUCAGUAACAGAUGCUCCAGUUGUACCAAGGGAAGAAAAAGAUGUCUGUCUUUUGUCAUAUGAGACCGGACCCUGCAGUGGAGCAGAAACCAGAUGGUAUUAUGAUUUCAAUGAGGGAUUCUGUAAACAAUUCGUGUAUGGAGGCUGUGGACAAAAUGAAAACAACUUCAACUCUAAGGAUGAAUGUGAAAACACCUGUAGUCGUGCCCAUGUUUGUGGCAGUGGUGAGUCAAACUCCCCUAUACAGUGUAAUGCAUACAUCCGUCGCUACCGUUAUGACCGCCAGAGCGCCACCUGCCAGGAGUUUAUCUAUGGUGGAUGUGGAGGAAACUCUAACAAUUUUGCCUCACAAGAGGCUUGUCAGCGCAAGUGUAUCACGGGAGGAUCAGUCACAACAAUGUCACAGAAAGAAAUCUGUGCUCUGCCGAAGGAAAGUGGACCAUGUUUCGCUUACAUGAGACGUUAUUUCUACAAUUCAAACACGGGGUCAUGUGAGCAGUUUAUCUAUGGGGGAUGUAGUGGCAACCAAAACAACUUUGAAAAUAUAGAAACCUGUCAGGAGAAGUGUGCUGAGGACUCCGUUGAUGGAUCAGGGGAGGUUGAAACAGACACCUCAGAAUACUGUGGUCUAGAGAUGGACACAGGGCCUUGUCGGGCCAGCAUCCCCGCCUGGUAUUACAGUCAUACAGAAGGCCGCUGUAAUGAAUUCCUGUACGGAGGAUGUGGCGGCAAUAAGAAUCGAUUUAUUUCACGCGAAGUGUGUGAGGCAUCCUGCAGCCGUGAUGCUAUAUGUAUGCUACAGCCUGACAAAGGUAACUGUGUCCAGAGUGUCCAGCGUUACUACUACGAUGUGGCCCAGGAUGCCUGUGUCAGUCUCGACUAUGGUGGCUGUGGUGGCAAUGCUAACAAUUUUGAAUCCCGGAUAGCAUGUGUCAACAAAUGUGGAGGCUCAUACGUCACACCACCGCCACGCAGUGAUAACGUCUGUGCAAUGGACAACGAAAGGGGUCCUUGUCAAAACUACACUGUUCAGUGGUUCUACAAUCAAGAUGAAAGAGUUUGUGGCCGCUUCUGGUACGGUGGCUGUGAAGGCAAUGGCAAUCGUUUUAACACAGAGGAGGAAUGUAAACAGAGAUGCAGUAUGGAGGUGGUUACAGCUCGCCCUCGUCCAACUUACGCCCCAGUUACAGCACGGCCAACUUAUGCCCCUGUGACAACCACCCCCAGGCCCCAACCUGUUUACACUCCCCGACCUGCAUACACUACUCCUGAUCCAGACACCAAUGUCAUUGUAGAGUAUGACAUCUGUGACCUUGAAAAUGAGCGGGGAGGGUGCAGUAACUACGAAGUAAGGUGGUACUUCAAUCGUGAAGACCAGCGGUGUAUGAGGUUUUGGUACGGAGGCUGCGAUGGCAAUGCCAACAACUUCCCAGAUGAAGCGGAGUGUCAGAACAUCUGUGUGGAACGCCGCCGCCCAGUGGUUACACGAGCUCCAGUGAACCCUCGACCUGACAUUGGUCGAAGGGAAUGCCAACUGUCACGUUUUGGGUGUUGUCCGGACGGAGUCCUCCCGGCUGCCGACAUUUACUUCAGCAACUGUAGAGACCCCAGUGGAGGUUCCGAGGAGACUGGACUCAUCGAUGGAGAUUACACCUCAAUCGUAGAACAGCCCGGACAGGAUGUGUUACUGCCAUGCUCUGGCUACAAACCUGGAACAAACACAGGCACCAUCGCCUGGUACAGGGAUGCAUUUUUAGUGUCUAAUGACCAACGUUACAUCAACUACCAGAAUGGUUCCCUCCUUAUACGCGGCAUCUCGAGCCAGGACUCGGGGGUGUAUGCCUGCCGCGUCACCAAUGGCAAUGUACUACCAUACAUAGAACGCUACAGAUUACAAGUGGAAGUGGCCAUUGGUAUCUUCCCUACCCCAGCCAAGAUUGUAGUUAAGCCUGGAGGGAAUGCAUUCCUUCACUGUCAAGCCUACGGCACACCCCGCCCUUCUGUGUCCUGGACCCAGGGAGGCACUCCAGUUCAGUCCGGGGGCAGGUUUGCUGUGUUUGACAACGGUACUCUGAUCAUCUCCCAAGUGAAUGUCCGGGACACUGGAGACUAUGUCUGUAUGGCGACCAAUGGGGUGUCUACACCUGCCCAGCGUAUCAUGAUGUUAGCCAUCAGAGAAUCUCUGAGGGUUGCCAUUGAUGAUGUUCAUAUGAAGAAGCCAAGAGAGGGUGACCGACUUUACCUGACCUGUCGAGGGUAUGGCUACCCAGAGCCAACCCUGACAUGGGAGAGACUGGGGCGCCCCCUACAGAAUGGGCUUGGAGUGUUUGUAAGGGGAGGUGACCUGCGCAUCACAAACCUCACCCUAGAUGACACAGGACUGUACACCUGUAUUGCCACCAACAAUGAGGAGAAAGUGGAGGAUGAUAUCUCUAUCCAGGUGUUACAGAAAGACGCCACCCUGCCUGACUGUAAGGACCGCGCUCCCCUACUGAAGUGUAGGCUAAUCGUGACAGCUAUGUUGUGUAACUAUAGUAUAUACUCCAAACAGUGUUGUUCCAGCUGUGAAAGAGAAAGGUCACGUCUGAUUGGCUAAUCUGCCAACCAAUAAUACUCCACAACACAUUACACAAACAGCUACUAAGGCAGUCUGAACUGUGGAUCACAGUGACCUAUAUUGACUAUUCUGUCCUAUCUGCUCAUCCUAAGGCUGAUGACACAGAGCAGCCCUCAGGACUGACCAGUCAACCAUUCUCUAAAAUACCAAAGAUGUGCAUUUUAUAGGGGCUAUCAGUUCAGGUAGCAGGAAGCUCGUGGGAAGAUAAUUUUAUUGACUAUUCCUCCUGGGGAGAACGUUGAGGAUCCAUUCUGCCUGGAUGUUCGCACUACAGCUGUACGCCAGAUGGCGUUGUUGAACAAAGUCCCAUCAAAAUGUUCAAAAUGGUUUAAGUUGUUUGUAAGUUUGUAGAUAACAUUUAGUAAAUAUUUUCAUUUUUAUCACCCACAAUAACAAAUAAACCUGAUUUUCUAUAUAGUUAUUAUAGACUGUCAUGUAUGUUACUUCUCAGUAUCAUAAAUCUCUCGCUUAAUCAACUCUCACCAUCUAUUAUCAUAUUAGGUAUUGUAUUUUAUAUUUACUAGUCUGUCUUCAUAUAUUCUGAUCCAUGUUAAUCGUUUCGUUUCCAUGGUAACAUGCUUUAUUUUCUCUACCUGUUGAAAUUCAAUUGAGUCAAUUAUAUAUUGCCAGUGGUUUCCUUUAAAAAAAUUGUUAUUCAAUUUAACAUGAUAGAAUUUUUGACGUAGCUGAUCUUUCAAAUUUAAUUGAGAAUUAGCAGAGUUGACAGAUGAGGGCCUGAGUUGCCAUUGCCUUGAGGUUAGACAUGCCUUCCAUAUAUAUAGUGUUUAAUUCAGUUUAAUAGAUAAUAAUGGAGUAUAGUGUUUAAAUCAUACAGUAAUGCAUUGUUAAAACUUUUGUCUGCUCUGUUGAAUAUAUGUGUAUGUAAUGCUAUAGAUUUGUCUUCAAUCAAAUCAAGAAAUUAAAUGACAUUAUAUGCCAGUGAACACACAACUGUGUAACUCCAUUGUGUUAACACAGCUGUGUAUCUCUGCAUGUUAAUGUGACUGCCUCUACCUUACAUAUACUCAUUAUAGGUCCCAAGUACAUAUAUACAUACAAAAUACCUCAUAUGCCAAGAUGAUAUAUAUAUUUCCACCAAAUUUGCUUGUCGUAGAUCAUUUAGUGAGCCAUAAACUGUCCUCUAUGUUUUGUUGAGAUGCACAUACUAACUAGCUUCCCAUUGUAAAAUCAGGCAAAACGAGUGUUCCACCAGUUAUAAUCCUAAUGCAUAUUUCCUAGGCAAAAGAGGACAGAGGUUGGUUACCAAGGUAAUCAGAAGGCUGACUGAAAUCCUAGCUUUUUAGACAAGUUUUAUUUAAAAUGCUAUCUGUAUUUUGUAGUAUACACUGAAGUAUUUUGGUUACAACUAUAACCAGUGGCUGACAGAGAUUGUUAACAGAGAGUGCUAGUAUAUAUGAUGAGGGAUUUUUACAACAGUUUCAGGUUCGAUAAUAUUUUCAAUUAACUUGUAACAGGCCAGUGUUAUUUGUGUAUAUUAUUAACAGGUUCUGCAAUACGGGGCUGAUCAUCAUUCUUUAUAAAGCAUUGCAGCUUAUCAGGAAGGCACAGUCUGCCAAAAAUAUAAAUUUUUCGCAUGAUUGAGACUUUUCAGAAGGAAACUAUGUACUUACGAAAAUAAACUCAUUCUUUGUAUUUGUAGAAAGAUAUCUUUUAUUGAUUACCAACUAAGGUCCUUUACUGAGACAAGAUGUAACUGAUAUGAAUAUGUAGCUUCAGUGUUAAUGGAGCCACACGUUGAAGAUGGGAUAUGUUUGGGUAGGUCAGUCUGCCCCAGUUACUAACACAUUCCCCGUAAGACAUUUUGCUAUUCAGUUAAACUAGAAUACCAUUCCUCCUACUAUUCUGACAUUGAAUGGUUCUCUGUGAAGGCAGGCAAGUUAGGUAAGACAGAGUUAUCUCCCCUCAAAUGCAGGGCAAUGUUGACAAAUGUAGCUUUUUUAAAUCAUUACUCAUUGUGCCCUGUAGAUUGCCACUUCAUGACCUAUAUAUUUGUACCUAUAUAUCAGUGUAUAUAUUAUAAAUAAACUUUUCUACUUUACUAGGAUAAAUAAUUACUGUUUCUUCCCGUAUAUAAAACAUUAAUAAUGUUGUGUAAAUGUAUUUUAAGUCAUUUUACAAAAAUAUUAAAAUGAUGACAAAAAUUAAA